GUCAUAUUUAAUCUGCACGAUUAUAAAAUAGAUGUAACAUUAUUCACAACGAACAGUGUGAAUCGAUAUGACAUAGCGUAAAGUCGUCCGUGUGUUAAAGGCGGGAAAUAACAAAUCAGUUUUUUUUUAAAGUGAAUAGUUAUUAAUCAUCAUGGAUUUGACAGUUGAUCAAUUCAUGGAGGGUCUUUUAAGCAAACAGUCGUACGACACACCAUCGGAUACGGUCAGCCAUGAACAAUUAGAAAUGAAACUGCCCGAAUGGUUCGAUGAAAAACUAUUUAAAAAGGGCCAGCGUUUUUAUUGUAGGUUUUGCUUUGGCAUUUCGUACUCAAUGUUGACUGGUCUAGUUGCGUUGUUUGCUAUUCCUACCAUUUUGGAAGUGCUGGCAGGCUCCAGGCGAUCGUCCACAAAAUACACCGCAUACAAAAGAUAUGUUGCUACCUUCUUACACAUUCAGUCCUGGUAUACUUGUGAACUGAAGCCGGGAAGUGUUUCAUGGAAAUCACUUACCGCUGUACGAAGCGCACAUAUAAAAAAUGGCCGCGCCGCACGUCUGAAGAAAAAAGGAACGGUAUCACAACGAGAUGUCGCUCUUACACUCUUCAGUCUCGUCGGUCCUGGAAUCUUGAAGCCAGAUCGAUUCGGUAUAAGACAGCUAGAGGCAGAUGAUUGGGAGGCGUAUAACCACUAUUGGGCAGUUAUUGGUUACAUGCUCGGCUUAGAAGACAGAUAUAACGUCUGUCGGAGAAACAUAUACGAAACACGCCAGGUAUUCCAAUUACUUUUGGAUCGAGUGUUCGUUCCUUGCUUAGAGAAUGUUCCGGAAUACUUCGAGCACAUGGCCCGUGUGAUGAUGGACGGCUUAUGGGCGGUGAUGGGUGCGACGGAAUCCGACAGUCUUAUGUACAUCACCAAGAACCUUUUCGAUGUCCCCGGGUUCAUUAUUUUUGAGGGCGAAAGGAUUAACUUGCAGAGAAGGCUGAGAGAACAAUUAGGUGGAAAACAUAAAGAUACAGGUGUAGAUGUAUCAACAAUAAUAGAGAAAUCAUGCAUAGAUGGCUUACCUGAUACCCCACCUCGAUUACUCUACCUCAAAGACUACGAAAGUCUGGAAACAUCUCCCGAAUACAAGAAACUUUCUUACGAUUCGAAAUUCAAAUUAGGAACACUAUGUUUUAUAAUGUCUGUCUACUCCACAACAAUUGGAAGAGUGUUGUUGAAUUGGUAUUACAGAUUCUCUAUGUUUAUGACAGAAUAUUUACCAUACGUUGCAUUCUUUUUGUACGGCAUCAAGAAAUCUUAUGUCGAUAUGUUUAAAGAUCCUGAUAUGGAUUCAACUCCACCGAAGCCUAACUCUUGGUAUAACAAUAGGAAACCGGAGCCGUGGUACAAAACAUUCAUUGGUUUUUGGUAAAAUUAAUUUAGGAUAUAACAAGAAAUAUUAUUAUUUAU